AAAAUUAUAAUGUAGAACAAGUUACUUGAAACGGGUUUGCACAGAGAUUGGGGUUUGAAGAAUAUUCAUCUUGCCACGAUGACAAGUUCCAUUUUGUUCUCGAGGCUAGCCGACGUUCAAACAUGAUCUGUUUGCAACUCUAUUCAAAAGAUAUUGAAGAUUCUCCUGGGGAAUCUGCAGCAUCAUCAAUACUUUUUCGCCAGUUGAACAGUCAAGGAGGUGGUCAAAUAUCAAAUGAAGCCAAGUUUCAGGAUAUUGUAAGACAAUUGUGUGCAUGGAGAGACUUAAUGGCUCGUAUACAUGAUGAGAGCACCAGAUAUGUAUUAUCUGAUCAAGCUAUUGUUGCUAUUGCUGAUAAAGCCCCUACGACUCAGGAAGAAAUUUGCAGCAUCGUAACUCAAGCUGAUAUGAAUGUUGAUGCUUCUUUAUUCCCAUCUCCAUCCCCUCUUCUUUGCAGUCAUUGGGGUGAUGUCUGUCAAAUAAUGCUGGACAAACUAGGCAGUCUUGAUAAAUUUUUUCCAGCUACUCUUCAGGAGUGCCUCGGUCCACAUGGGAGUUGUCCAUUGUCUAUCUUUAAUUAUGCCUUAUUGGUUAACUCUCACCUAAAAUUGACAACUAGAUUUGUUCCCAAACAAAAUGGAGUAAAAAAUCUGAAGCAAGUUGCCAAAAAGAAUUCACGUGAGUUGUUCAUUAAAAAAUUUUCAUGCAAAUCCCCAGUUUAUCAUAAUUGUAGGAUCUAUGCUAAUGAUGGACGGUUGCUUUGUUACUGUGAUCGGAGAAAACUUGAAUGGUAUCUUCGUCGAGAUUUGGCAAAAUUGGUUGAAGAGGAACCUCCUGCCAUAUUGCUUCUUUUUGAACCAAAGGGCCGUCCAGAAGAUGAAGAUAAUGAUUUUUACAUACAAAGUAAGAAAAACAUAUGUGUUGGCUGUGGUGUGGGAAAUCACUACUUGCGUUACCGAGUAAUUCCCUCAUGCUACAGAGUUCACUUCCCUGAGCAUUUGAAAAGCCAUUGUUCACACGAUAUUGUCCUUCUUUGUGUUGACUGCCAUGAAAUUGCCCAUGCUGCUGCUGAGAAGUACAAGAGACAAAUUUCUGCAGAAUUUGGAAUUCCACUUUAUGUCCAGAAGGUAGUUGAUUCAAAUCAAACCCUUCUUAUAUCUGAUUUAUCUGAUCCAGCGGUAAACUUUGAGGAGUCAGGUGUGUCUCCUUUACAAUUACGAGCAGCUGCUAAGGCUCUUUUGCGUCAUGGACCAGAGAUGCCACCCAGCCGUUGUGAAGAGUUGACUCAGAUUGUCAUGAAAUAUUAUGGGGGAAGGGAAAUAUCUAAGGAAGAUCUGGAAAGAGCCUUAGUAGUUGGCAUGACACCUCAUGAAAUAAGAAGAUUGGAGAAGAAGAGAGGGUUAUCUUUAAAACACUCUACAGGGACUGUCCUUCCAGAUAAAAAACAGCAGGAAAUUAGAGCUGGCAGCAGGACUCUGGCUACUAUCACAGGCAGAGUAACAUCUUCUUCUUUAGACAGUUUAGAUGCUGCUGAAGAUGUUUCAUGUGCAACAAUAGAUGGUGCCUUAAAAGAGGAAACAUUGGGCAAAACACAAGACAUGGAGCUAUGUAUGAUAACAGAUUCUGAUGCAAGCAACCCCUUGCCUUGCAAUGAUGUUAAUUCAUAUACCAGUGAGGUUUCUGAUACAGAAGGUGUAUUUGCUAGCAACACUAACAAUAGUUUUCAAUGUAGCGCACAAGGAGUAGUUAACUCUACUUAUCCUAGAAACGAUGGAAGUUUCCAAUGUAAACAUAAUUCAAAGUUAUCUCUACUAGGACAUGGACCUCACGGAAAACAAGUGGUGGAUCAUCUAUUAAAGGAAUAUGGUGAAGGUGGCAUUCGUCAAUUUUGUCAGCGGUGGAGACAAGUUUUUGUUGACUCUGUUCAUCCUCGCUUUUUACCCACUGGCUGGGAUGUAAUGCACAGUGGUAGAAGAGAAUUCGGUGAAUUCAGCGUUUACAAUCCUGCCAAGAAAGUUGCUGGUGAUGGUGAUGCAAACGAUUAGCAGAUGCAAUGGUAUGCAAAACAGAAGCCUGGUUCAACUUGUGACAUUACAGGAAUUUGGAAAUGUACCAUUAUGAGCCUUUUUGCAGUUUCCCAGUGUAAACAGCAUGAACUUGCUCCCUUGUCAAUGCGUCUAUUCAUUUUAUCUUAAAUGUGUCAAGGACGAUGGGUCUCCUCUUCUAAAUGUUUUUCUUGGAUGAAGGGAUCCUUUAUGAUUGUAAAUGCUAUUGGUUCAUUCAGGGAAAUACUUGGAUCCGAUUGCAUUUAGUGCACUGAGGCAAAAUGGAGGACCUUUAAGAGAGGUGACUCACCCUUCCCUUCACUUGGUUCUGUAACAAGUGCCACAUGCUCGGUCACCACUUUGUACACAAUUUUGUUUGUUUGGAUCUGCAUUUGUUGUACCAGUGAAGGCAUCAAUUUAUCUUUCAUUUCAGCAGUGUUCUAGUUCCAGCUUCUAGUUUGGUCCAAAUAUUGAGUUUGGUUGCUUGAAAGAAAAAAAAAAAAAGUGU